AUGGAAGGCUUAUUAACAAACAUAUCAUCUUCAUCAACGUCGUCAUAUUCGGAGGCAGACUUGAAUCCUCUAAAGAUUUGCAUCCUCCCAUUUCCAACUCCAGGGCACAUGAACCCACAUCUCAAUUUGGCUCAAGUCUUAGCCUUUCGUGGUCACCAUGUUACCAUUCUCACCACUCCUUCCAAUACUCAAUUCCUCCCAAAAUACCUAAACUUUCACACCUUCAACUUCCCUUCCAACCAAGUUGGUCUUCCUCCUAGCAUCGAGAACCUAUCCUCUGCCCAAGACAACCAAACUGCGAACAGGAUAUGUAAGGCCAUGUACCUUCUCAAACCCCAAAUACAAACCAUCCUCCAGGAAAACCCUCCUCAUGUUUUGAUUUCAGACAUCAUGUUCCCGUGGAAUUUCGCUUCCACACUCAACAUCCCCACGUUGGUAUUCAACCCCAUGCCCAUCUUCGCUCUUUGCAUUGCUGAGGCCAUCAACAAUUGCCAGCCCGAAGUGUUGCCUUCGGAUUCUUCGCUUCCUUUUAUUGUCCCUGGUGAUCUCCCGCACAACGUCACGCUCAAUCUUAACCCUUGGUCAACGAGCUUCGACACCAUGGUUCGCAUUUUGCUACUCGCCAAGAAAAAUAACACACUUGGGGUCAUUGUGAACACUUUUGCAGAGCUCGAAGAUGGGUACACUGAGUAUUACGAGAAAUUCACAGGAGUUAAAGUGUGGCACGUUGGCCUGCUCUCGCUUAUGGUGGAUUACUACCAGAGAAGAGGCUCAUCAUCACAAAAAAGUCAGGUUGGCCACCAGGAGUGUCUCGAUUGGCUUAGCUCAAAGGAACAUAAUUCAGUGGUGUACAUAUGUUUUGGAAGCUUGUGUCGUCUCAACAAAGAGCAAUAUUUGGAGAUAGCGCGUGGGAUUGAAGCCUCAGGACACAAUUUUCUCUUGGUGCUUCCAAAAAAUGUGAAUGAUGACGACAUGAAAGAAGAAGGGUUGUUGCAUGACUUUCAAGUAAGGAUGAGGGAAAUUGAUAGAGGAAUGGUAGUUAGAGGUUGGGUCCCACAGGAUUUGAUAUUGAAGCAUGUUGCCAUUGGAGCAUUCCUAACACAUUGUGGGGGUAAUUCAGUGUUGGAGGCGAUUUGUGAGGGGGUGCCUAUGAUCACCAUGCCUAGGUUUGCUGACCAAUUUUUGUGUGAGAAGUUGGUGACAGAGGUGCAAGGGGUUGGGGAGGAGGUGGGGAUUUGGGAAUGGAGCUUGUCACCUUAUGAUGUGAGGAAGGAGGUGGUGGGUUGGGAAAGAAUUGAGAAUGCUGUGAGAAAGGUGAUGAAGGAUGAAGGAGGAUUGUUCAGAAAACGAGUGAAGGAAUUGCAGAAAAAAGCACAUCAAGCUGUUCAAGAAGAGGAAAGUAUAGUUUCCCAUGAGCGCGGAAAAGGAGAAUUAAGUUUCAAGUGCAAAAAGAGAAGCAGUGAAGCCUGGGAAGAAAAGCAGCCAUUCAUUUCGCAGCUCGUCUUCUGUAGCCUAAGGAGCACAAGCAGCAACUGCGAUCACGAGAAACAGGUUGGGAAAACAAAUUCACAAGCAGAAAUCUAA